GAGCAAUUACUGGUCCUUUCUUUAUCUAUAAAUAGCAGAGCAUAUUCGAAACAGAGCUUGGAAAGAUCGAGAAACCAGAGAACGAAAAAACGAUGCAGAUCUUCGUGAAAACUUUGACGGAGAAGACGUUAACUCUUGAGGUCGAGAAUAGCUACACCAUUGACAAUGUCAAGGCUAAAAUCCAAGACAAUGAAGGAAUUCCAUCUGAGCAGCAGCGGUUGAUGUUUGCCGGGAAACAACUUGAAGAUGGACGAACUAUGGCAGACUACAACAUCCAGAAAGAAUCAACGCUUCACCUGGCGCUGAGUCUCAGGGGAGGGGGACGUGGCACAAUCAAGCUUCCUCCAAAUCUUAAGGAUUUGGCUCGAAAAUACAACGAGAACAAGCAGAUCUGCCGCAAGUGUUAUGCUCGCCUUCCUCCGAAAGCCACCAACUGUAGGAAGAAGAAAUGUGGCCACACCAAUAAGUUGAGGCCCAAGAAGCCAUUUGAGUCUAAGUAUGGCAACUUUGAGUAGAAGAACUGAAGAGCCAAUAUAAUGAUUAAUGCAUUUCGAUCUGGUCAACUCUCUUAUUAUGCAUGUAAACUGCAGACUUCUAUAUUAGGGGUAAUAUGGGAUGUUACUUUAUUUCAAAUCAUCGAUGAUCUGAGUUGGAUAUUUCGUUGUUUAAUACUACUAUAUAUACUCCGUUCGUAUAUACUAUGUAUAUGUGUAUGAUUUAUUAUAGCUUGUCAGUUGUCAUUUGCCUUUCACCCAUUUCGCUUCGUUCGGAU